AUGCAGUCCAAAAUGAUCAACCAUGAAGAACAGCAAGUGCCACACAAGAAUGAUCAAGUCCUUAGAAGAGCCUGCUCUGAUGUUGUUACUGAGGCUGGUAAGCUCAUCAAUGGCUUUGACAUCAGCUUAAGCUUGAAGAUUAACAACAAUGAAGUUGAAAUGGUGGAGUGUGAGUGUUGUGGAUUGUGCGAGGAAUGUACUCCUACUUACAUAAUGAGUAUUAAGGACUCCUUUGGUGGGAAAUGGAUCUGCGGGCUGUGCUCGGAAGCUGUGAAAGAGAAGAUGAAGCGAAACCUGGGUCUUGCCAUUGAUGGAGCACUGGAGAAUCACGGUGCUUUCUGCAAGCAGUUCAAUCAGACCAUUAGGAUCAACCCUAAGCUCUCACUUGCUGGUGCAAUGAGGGAUAUUGCAAGGAGGAGCUAUCAGAAUAGGAACUCUACUAAGGAUUUUUGUGAGUCUAAGAUUGCCAGAACUAUGAGUUGUGUCAAGGUCCGGAGAUCAUCUUUCCAAUAA